CUCUACAACACUCAUUAUCAGCUCAGGAAAAGUGACGUGCCACUGAGUUGCUGUAUACCAACAGGUUAGUAAUAGGCAGAAGUGAACAGUGGACACAGACGUACCUGGGGGACAUCAACAGUGACAACCGAUUAAAUACCACAGUGAUUAUCGAACUAAGGGUCUAAGAUCCAGUGAUGGUGAGUGUGGCUAGACUGGUGUUUAUGCUGGGGCUGCUGCUGUGUCUGGGAGCCCAGCUGUCUUCCUCCCAGCACUGGUCCCAUGGCUGGUACCCUGGAGGCAAGAGGGAGUUGGACUCAUUUACCACCUCUGAGAUUUCAGAGGAGAUUAAACUCUGUGAGGCAGGAGAAUGCAGCUACCUGAGACCCCAGCGAAGGAACAUCCUUAAAAACGUUAUUUUGGAUGCCCUGGCCAGAGAAUUUCAGAAGCGAAAAUAACCUUAGACAACCUAUCAACCGUGGCUGAUUUAAAUCCUUCCUUGUCUCUGUCUGUUUCCUUCAUGACCUCUAUUCUAAUCUCAUGUGAAUUAGUCCAAUUUUGUGGUUUAUCCACUUUGAUAAUUAUAUAGCAUCACUCUUUACCAUUGCAUUCUCCUUCUGUCCCCUUUUUGCAGCUGUAGACUAUCAAUUACAGAUGUAACAUCAUGCUCAUGCCAUUUCCUUUAAUAAAGUAUCUAUUUUGUUAUUAAUGUCUUCA